AUGGCCUCUCCAUCUUACCCCCGCCCGGACUUCCAGCGUCCCAAUCUGAACUGGACAUCCCUUAAUGGCGCUUGGGACUUCUAUUUCGACGACGAGGACGCCGGGCUGGGUGAGAACUGGCAGCUCACAUCCCCGCCCUCCUCUCUGAAGCGCACCAUCCAGGUUCCCUACGCCUUCCAGACGCCCGCGUCCGGCAUCAACGAGCGCGCAGCACACGAGGUGCUCUGGUACUCCCGUACUAUCAAGGAUAUCCGCUCGGAUGAGUCCAAGAAGAACGGCGACCGCCUGCUGAUCCGCUUUGGCGCCGUCGACUACGACAGCCAGGUCUGGGUGAACGGCGCCUUCGUGGGCGGCCACAGGGGAGGCCAUGUUCCAUUCGAUCUGGACAUCUCCAGCACCGUCCCCGCAGGCGGCGAGGCGACGUUGACGCUACGCGUGCGGGACUCCCCCUAUGAUUUGACGCAGCCCCGCGGGAAGCAAUACUGGGGGCCCGAGCCCGAGAGCAUCUUCUAUACGCCCAGCAGCGGAAUCUGGCAGAAUGUUUGGCUGGAGGCCGUACCCGCCACGCGCAUCGCCAACAGCAGUGAGGGCACUGUGCUGCGGUCUAACGACAUCAAGAGCGGUGUCUUGCAUGCCAGGGUCGCGAUUACAGGCCGAAAGGUCCAGGCGCCGACCUCGGUCGAGAUCACCGCUUCGUUCCUGGGGCUUGAGGUGGGCAAGGUGAAGGGUGAUCUCCCGAAGGACAGGGAGUACGCCGACCUGGACCUGUCCCUGCGUCUGCCAGAGGCCGAGUUCAACAGGGUCGCUGGCACGCUGGCCGAGGACCAGAGCGUUUGGCGGGACGGACUGGCGCUGUGGUCGCCCGAGCACCCGCUGCUCUAUGACCUGACCCUCAAGCUGUACGACGCGUCCGGCAGGGCCGUGGACGAGGUGCAGACCACGACGGGCAUGCGCAACAUUGACUGGCAGCGCGGAGACAGCACUUUCCGGCUCAAUGACAAGCCCAUCUUCCAGUCCCUCUGCCUGGACCAGGGCUACUGGCCCGAUACUUUCAUGACACCGCCGUCGGCGGACGCCUUGAAGGAGGACAUUGAACUGUCCAAGAAGAUGGGCUUCAACGGGUGCCGCAAGCACCAGAAAGUGGAGGACCCUGUCUUCUUCUACUGGGCGGACCGGCUGGGCUAUCUCGUUUGGGGGGAGAUGGCCAACGCGUACGAAUUCAGCGACGAGUAUGUGUCGCGAUUCAACCAGGAGUGGACGGAGUCCGUGAAACGCGACAUAAAUCACCCGUCCAUCAUCGCCUGGACUCCGGUCAACGAGAGCUGGGCCUACCCCAAGUUGACGGCCAACUCGCAGGAAGGAAUUGACCAGCGCAAUCACAUUCGACAGUUAUAUUACCUGACCAAGACGCUCGACCCUACGCGGCCCAUCAACGACAACUGUGGCUGGGAGCACGUCGUCACCGACUUGAGCACUUUCCACGAGUACGCCGACGGCCCAGAGGUGGAGAAGAUUUGCUCCACGUUGCCGAGCAUCCUGCACCGGCUGACAGGCGAGCCGGUGGGCCGCCCGAUGUUUGUCCCUGCUGUUUACGGUCCUAAUGCGGCGGUGUUGGACCCAGCGACGCAGCACAAGUCUGGUGCACCAGUGCUGAAUACCGAAUUUGGCGGUGUCAACAUUGCACCCGCGGAUAAAAAGGGCACUGGCAAGAAAUUCAGCACUGAGGACUGGGGGUACACUACGGCGAGUGACCCUGAGGAUCUGCUGAAAAGAAUCGAGAAGCUGGCGAUUGGUGUAGUCCAUGCAGGGCACUGCAGUGGCUUUGUGUACACUCAGCUAACGGAUAUCGAACAAGAGGUCAACGGGGUGUACUCUUAUGACCGCCAGGCCAAGAUCGACCCCUCGAGGAUGAAGGCCAUUUUCGACAAGGCGGCAAAGAUAUAUCUUGACGGGGUUCAGAACGAGAAAAAGUGGGAGGUCUCUGCAACUGAUACUUGUGCCUCGUUUGCAAACGGUGCGCCCUUCGGCCGUGACCUCAUCCGCCCAAACUCCAACUUCACCACAUCGAAGCAAACGGAGCAGGAGCAGUUUUGGCAUCCACGACUUAGUCAUUUGCCCCUUAACCAGACGCUGGUAAGCCCUCAGGGCAACAAACGACGGAGAGAAAUGCCUCGCUCAGACGAAGCAGCAGCAUUCUUCCAUGCCGUCUACACGGCGGUGCAGGAGAUCCCGCACGGCAAGGUCACGAGCUACGGACACAUCGCGAAACUGGUCGGCACGCCCCAACGCCCCCGCCAGGUCGGCGUCUGCCUCAAGCACCUCUCCCAGGACACAGGCGCGCGGUUUAACCACACCAACGUGCCGUGGCAAAGAGUGAUCAAUUCGAAGGGGAUGAUAUCACCCAGGUCACAGCCCUCAAGCACACAGAAUCAAGCUACUGCUCUGCGGGCCGAGGGUGUGACAGUAUCAACGGGGGCGUUGGGAGAGCUUACUGUGGACUUUGCGGAGUUUGGAUGGUUCCCCAAUGUACUGCCUUCAGAAGAAGAAGAAGCUGAUGGUGGCUUCGAUGAGGAUGAGUAG